AUGCAAGAUGGCUCCAGUCACCACGACAACACAAAGCUCCCCGACCCCCCCCCCCCCCCCCUUGAACUUCUACUAAGAGUAAGAAGACAUCAUCUUCAUCAUUUUCACCACCUUCAUCAACACCAUCGGCAAAUACAACUAAGACUAAGAAAACAACUUCAUCAUCAUCUUCCUCAUCAUUGCCAACUACUAAGAAGAGUAAGUAGACACGAUCAUCACCAUCUUCACCAUCAUCAUCUUCCACACCGUCAACAACAUCAACUAAGACCAUGAAAAAGCAGAAGCUCCUUGAGACUUUGAUUGUCUCCAAGGAGAGUUUGGUUAAAGAUCCAGCCCCUCAUGAAACUCAAAGCUACUACAACCACAGCCAAGCUCAACGCAGCCCCAGCCCCAGACCCUGCUACAGUCACAGCCACAGCCAAGACUAAACCCAAAGCUACUUCAACCACAGCUAAGCUCAAAGCAGUCCCAGCCACUGCUACAGUCACAGCCAGCACUAGAGCCAAAGCUGCUUCUAAGGUUUCACUGCAAGAGGGGGUUGAACUAUCCGCUCAGACAGCCAGAGCUGCUGCCACACUAUCCAAUGAUCCUUUACCAUGGGGCAAAGUGUGAAGCAAGACCCUUCUGGCAGAAGGUGGAGUUGGGGAGCAGUAGAGAGGAGGUGGAAGAAGAGAAGCUGCAGUGGUCAGGGAGUGGUCAAUCCCCACAUCUAAGACCACACCACCAGCACUGCUGACCUCAAACCUGACCGUCUGUAUAGCAAGACAACCGCACUGGACCAUAACCCAACCAUAACCUCUGACCUCAAUAAAGACAGUCUAAGCAGCAAGACAAGCAACAGGGGACCACUCUCACGGUUGACUUUGUUCAAACCUCAACCACAAACCCUGCCCUCAGUUGUAGCCGUGAAACUGUUGGCAUGUUAGCGCCCGAAGCUAACUCAGUCCAGUCACCCACCCUCAGACCUCAGGCUAACUGGGCUAGUCACAAGCAAAAGCCAACACUAACCGAGAGGAUAAGAGAUCUCAACAGCAACAUACAACCCAGCCUUCCCCCCUCCCUUUCAGCAGUCACCUCUCUUUCCCUCUGCCCCUUCCCUCACCUCUUCAGGAUUACCCCACCUGGGCCCGAAUAGGGGUCACCCCACCCCAGCCUUCUAAUUUAGCUCCCUCCCUCUGUCUCACCAUCCCUGUCCUCUGUUCCUGCCCCUCUCUCCCUCCUCCCACCUCCCUCAAUACCCCUUGGACCUCCCAGAGGGGUGUGGUCCAUAUGGAUGCAACGCUUGAGAUGCUCCUGCCCUAUCAGAGGAUAGGACUCAAGAUAACGUCAUCACCCUGCUCUCUUACUGGCCCAAUACUGGUAGGGCUGAUGCUUCAUGCAUCUACUCGGUUCCCUCCCUGUCUCCCCUCCUCCUCCCUCUCACCCUCCCAAUCUUUCUGCCCCUCCUCUUUUCUUUCUCUCACCUUCUCUCCCUCUCAUCGUUGCGAGGGCGAAGCCAGCAACAGCCAAUCAGAGUGUGACGAGGGAGAGAGCGCCACUCAACGCCAGGAUGUACGGCACUGAGCAGAGGAUAAUGGGUCGGUAGUGUUUCCGUUAACCAUUGACAUCCCUACUCCCUGUAGAAUAGAUGAUGAGGCCAUCACUAACUAACUGUCAUGUUGUGUUGCAGGUGCACUGUCUCUAGGGGAGGUGAGGCUUAAAGAACUUCCUGGCUGGAUCGCUAGCCGAGCUCCCCGCAACCCCAGACAGGGAAUAUUGGCCCUGCACAGA